AUGAAAUCCCUUUGUGUAUGUGGAAUACUUGUGCUUCAAGCCAGCUCGGUCUUUAGCUGUGCCAAAGACUACAAGGCACCUAGCUUCUUCAAUCCUCAAGUAGGUCUGCAAAAGCGACAGGAGACUCAGUUCCCUCCGGUCUUGACUGAACAAGAAGCUAUCCUGGUUAACUCCAUUGAUAACGUCACCCUGGAAGAAUGGAAUUACUAUUAUGCCCACAGUUAUCAUCUUGCCGGUACCAACAGGACCAUUGCUCAGUGGACUGCAGACCGGUGGGGGGAGUCUGGCUUUGACUCACGUCUAGUCGAAUACCAUGUGUACUUGGACUAUCCAAUUUCUCAAAGUGUAACCUUGACAUACGAGAACGGCUCCACAUUCGAAGCAACCCUGAUCGAAGACGUACUACCAGAGGACGAUGUGACCGGAAGACCAGAUCGCAUUCCCGCUUUCCACGGGUAUUCCUUCUCGGGAGAUGCUGAAGCAGAAUAUGUCUACGCUGGUCGUGGUCAGAAAGUCGACUUUGAACGCCUCGAGGCAUUGAAUAUUUCGGUCGAGGGCAAGAUUGUCCUUGCGCGUUACGGCGGGCCUUUCCGAGGGCUCAAGGUCAAGAAUGCUCAAGACCGAGGUGCCGUUGGUGUAGUCAUCUUCACCGACACGGCAGAUGAUGGCAACAUCACUGAAGCGAAUGGCUACGCCGCUUAUCCAGAUGGACCAGCCCGCCACCCCUCGGCGAUCCAACGAGGCAGUGUGCAGUUUCUAUCCACUCAUCCAGGAGAUCCGACGACUCCUGGAUAUCCAUCUACUUUGGACGCACCACGACAAGACAUCUCUGACGUCACCCCGCAGAUUCCAUCGAUACCUGUGUCGUGGGUUGAUGGUCAAAAACUUCUUUGGGCCUUGGACGGCCAUGGGGUGGAUGGAGAGACGGUCAACCGUACCAAUUGGGUUGGAAAGCUCAACGCCACCUACUCUACAGGCCCAGCUCCUGGAAACACGAUCUCGUUGUCCAACAACAUGGAAGAGAAGAUCACACCUAUUUGGAAUGUGGUCGGAGUGCUCAACGGCACGUCUGAAGACGAGGUCAUCAUCGUCGGCAACCACCGUGACGCAUGGAUCAUUGGAGGCGCAGUGGACCCCAAUUCGGGCUCGGCGGUUCUAGUGGAACUUGCCAAAGCCUUUGGCAAACUUCAGGCCACAGGAUGGAAGCCUAGACGCACCAUCGUACUGGCAUCAUGGGAUGCUGAAGAAUAUGGCCUAGUUGGGUCGACCGAGUGGGUGGAAGAAAACCUACCAUGGCUUUCGGACGCAGCUGUCGCAUACCUGAACAUUGACGUUGCCACCUCGGGGCCAGACCCAGAUUUCUCUGCGACGCCAGACAUUCAAAAGAUCGCCCUUGACACCAUGAAGAAGGUCGUCUAUCCGUACCGGGGCUACAACAACCUCACCCUCUAUGAUGUCUUCUACGGACUAGACAAAGCCGAGUUUGGAGUCUUGGGGUCUGGCAGUGACUAUACGGGCUUCCUCCACAACGGCAUCAGCUCCAUUGACAUCGGCACAGGCAAUGGUCCAACCGAUCCUGUCUACCAAUACCACAGCGCGUACGACACCUGGCAUUGGGUGACCACUUAUGGAGAUCCAGAUUACAUCCAACACAAGGUCGUCGCCCAAUGGGUAUCUCUACUCCUAUACCACCUUUCGACACAGGAGAUUAUCCCAUUGGACGUCGAGGCAUACGGAGUUGAAAUGACACACUAUUACGACACACUCGUAGAGACUCUCGAGGAACACAACGCCACCGUUAAUCUGACUCGUUUAGAGCAAGCCAUCGCCACAUUUAACGAAUCAGCCGCCGUGAUUUCUUCACAGAUCUCCGCCGCAUCAACCGAACAAGACUACCAAUCACUCAACUACCGACUCAAAACCUUUUCCCGCGGGUUUGUCUCUCAAGGAGGUCUUCCUAACCGUGAAUUCUAUAAACAUGUUGUCUUUGCACCAGGCUUAGACACCGGUUACGCCCCCGUCGAGUGGCCCGGCAUUACUGAAGGUAUCAUCGAGUAUAAGAACGAAAGUCUUGCUCAACAAUGGGUGGAGAUCUCUGCUCGAGGUGUCGAGGCAGCGGCUGCCAUAUUGGCUUGAAAUUGUUCCCACGUUGUUAAUGUGAAG